AUUGGUUCGUUGAGGACUCCAUUUCCCGUCAGCCCAUUGGGGCACACCAAUUUUCCCUUUUCAGUGCCGUUUUCUCGGUUUGCAGCUGGAUCAUCUGGAUGAACGCACGGCUGUGCUGGAGCUCGUCUCAUUCAAACAAGUACAGGCUGUGUGAUUUUAGUGUUACUUUGAAGCGCUGGAGUAUGCGCCAGAUUUCCUAAUACGUUUUAAUAUAUUUUAUUUAGUGUUUUUCUUUUUUUAAAUUCAGUUCACCUCUGGGUCUGAACUUCGGAUAACUUGGAUACAAGGAUUUGUUGAGAAAAGUCUAAGUUUCGGUUUGUCUUUCGCUGACAUUGUAUCUCCGGCACAGAUAGAGGGGAGUGUGUGGACCGGAGCUGUGUGAGCUCAGCAUCAGGCUGUGGCUUCACUUUGGACAGACGAGCCUCCCGUGCCAACGCCUUUUCUCCCCUCUCUCCGCUUCUCCUCCUCGGCUGACAAAGUUGAGUCCUGGCCUACCAGAGGGCUGUUUGACGGUGUUUCUCUACGACCCAUGAACUGCUGAACCCACAGAAAGACGGCAAAAAAAGCACUUUCAGAGUGAAAAUGGGCUGCACGAUCAGCGCCGAGGACAAGGCUGCGGUGGAGAGGAGUAAAAUGAUUGAUAAAAACCUGAGAGAGGACAGAGAGAAAUCCUCCAGAGAAGUCAAACUCCUUUUGCUCGGUGCUGGGGAGUCCGGGAAAAGCACAAUAGUAAAGCAGAUGAAAAUUAUUCAUGAGGAUGGCUACUCGGAAGAAGAGUGUAAGCAGUACAAAGUGGUCGUAUACAGCAACACCAUCCAGUCCAUCAUGGCCAUCAUCAGGGCCAUGGGACGCUUAAAGAUAGAUUUUGGAGAGGCAGCACGCGCGGACGAUGCCCGCCAGCUCUUCGCGCUGGCCAGUUCAGCAGAGGAAGGUGUGAUGUCUGCAGAGCUUACUGGCGUUAUUCGGAGGCUUUGGAGUGAUGCUGGAGUUCAGGCAUGCUUUGAUCGAUCACGGGAGUACCAGCUCAACGAUUCUGCUGCAUAUUACCUGAACGACCUGGAGAGGAUCUGUGAGCCAAACUACAUCCCAACUCAGCAGGACGUGCUACGUACACGAGUGAAGACAACUGGCAUUGUUGAGACUCACUUCACCUUCAAAGAUCUCUACUUUAAGAUGUUUGAUGUUGGGGGUCAGCGCUCAGAGAGGAAGAAGUGGAUCCAUUGCUUUGAGGGAGUCACAAGUAUCAUUUUCUGCGUCGCCCUCAGUGAUUACGACCUUGUCUUGGCAGAGGAUGAGGAAAUGAACCGCAUGCAUGAGAGCAUGAAGCUCUUUGACUCCAUCUGCAACAACAAGUGGUUCACGCUCACCUCCAUCAUCCUGUUUCUCAACAAGAAGGACUUGUUUGAAGAGAAGAUCAGCAGGAGUCCGCUCACAAUCUGCUACCCUGAAUACUCUGGUGGGAACUCGUACGAGGAGGCUGCAGCUUAUAUCCAGUGCCAGUUUGAGGAUUUAAAUAAACGAAAGGACACCAAGGAGAUCUACACCCACUUCACAUGUGCCACAGACACCAAGAAUGUGCAGUUUGUUUUUGAUGCCGUCACCGACGUCAUCAUCAAGAUCAACCUGAGGGAGAUCGGGCUCUUCUAAAGCUUCAGACCCUGCAGGUGUCUGGAUCAGAAUCAGGAUUCGGUGGCUGGUUUUUGUCGCGUCUUCAGAAGGCAAAAUGCUAAGUAGGUCUUAACAGAGGACUGAGCUGGAGGCCAUGCUGAAUGCUGGACCUUAAUUCAACAAUUUGGGGAUUUGAAAUUAUGAUCACUUUUGUCUUAAUAGAUUUAUCAUGCAGAGCAUACUGAGAGUAAGUGAGAAGUGAGGGAUGCUUAUGAAAUGAUCAUUGUGAGCUUUGCGAAGUCCUGUCGUAUUUAUAAGACCUUUGUAUCGGUCAGGUACUGGCAGGUAAAGCACCUCUGAUGUCUGUGACACAUUUAUAGUUUGUCUUUCAUAUGUACGAGGACCAAACAAGCCUUUUUAUCAAACCCAUGACUGCAUUUCACUGAUCCACAAAUUCUGUAAACCUUCUGUGUUGCAGCCUCUCUUAGCACAAGUUUUAUCACAUUGUCUUUACUGAACAUUUGUAAUUUUAUUUUAAUUAUGAGUUGCAUUUAACAAGCAUUUCUACUUUAAUAUGUUUGAGUGGCAUAACUUAUGUAUGCAAAUGUUUUUGUGUGAGCAGUUUUGUUGUAUAUAACACAACUUUUUGGUUCUGGGAUUAGUUAUUUUAAUCAUUAACUAGUGUAAUAUUGAACUUUUUAUACAUGGGACACAUCAAGGCAAUCAGUUUGUUGAGGUAAAUCUUGAUUUCUUAUCAUAGGUGUUUGAUUCUGACUAAUAUUAUCCACUCAGUCAAGGUCCACAUAGAAUGUCACUUGUCUCAAGGCAAAGAUUGAUCCUAUGGAUAUCAGUGAAGAUGUAUAAACAAAUUAAACAUGCAAAACUUU